GGGGGCUGCUGGGAUCCGAAUGAAUCUCCCAGGUUAGUGGUCCAUGAGGGACCCUGGGAGUUCCCCAGCGUCCAGAUCAGGGGGGAAAGGCAGGCAGGGAAGGUGGGCAUGUUCCCGGGCACCGUGGGUACCUGUUUGCUUCUGGCCAUGACUCAUUCCCUCUGGAGCGAACGCCUCGGGUGAAAUGUUUGCCAGCUCCACCUCCCUCCACGCGGCCUUAUAGCUCCCCUCCCAGCGGGGAGAGCACGGAGCAGCCCUGCCCUCCUGUCCUCCCCACGCAGCCCGCCCACGGAGCCCACCCGAGGCCAUGGCAGCUCCGGCGGCCCAGGUGUCCAGGCAGCGGGCGGCAGCCGGACGUCUUGGCUCCAACCAGAAGGUUGUGAAAUACUUGGGCCAGGACUUCGAGACGCUCAGGCAGCAGUGCUUGGAUUCAGGGGUGCUGUUUAAGGACCCCGAGUUCCCAGCGUGUCCGUCAGCCUUGGGCUACAAGGAUCUUGGACCACGUUCCCCUGAAACUCAAGGCGUUGUCUGGAAGCGGCCCCCGGAAUUGUGCCCCAGCCCCCAAUUCAUCGCCGGUGGCGCCACCCGCGCGGACAUCUGUCAAGGUGGCCUGGGCGACUGCUGGCUCCUGGCGGCCAUCGCGUCCCUCACCUUGAAUGAAGAGCUGCUUCACCGGGUGGUGCCCAGGGACCAGAGCUUCCAGGAGAGCUACGCGGGCAUCUUCCGUUUCCAGUUCUGGCAGCGCGGCGAGUGGGUGCAGGUGGUGGUGGACGACAGGCUGCCCACGCGGGACGGGCAGCUGCUCUUCCUGCGCUCCGGCGAGGGCAGCGAGUUCUGGAGCGCGCUGCUGGAGAAGGCCUACGCCAAGCUCCUUGGCUCCUACGAGGCUCUCGCUGGUGGGUCCACGGUGGAGGGGUUUGAGGACUUCACGGGCGGCAUCUCGGAGUUUUUUGACCUGAAGAAGCCACCGACCGGCCUGUUCCAGAUCAUCCGGAAGGCCCUCCGCGCGGGGUCCCUGCUGGCCUGCUCCAUUGAUGUCUCCAGCGCGGCCGAAGUGGAAGACAUCACCCGCCAGAAGCUGGUGAAGGGCCACGCGUACUCGGUCACGGGGGUCGAGGAGGUGGAUUUCCGUGGACGCCCGGAGAAGCUGAUCAGGCUCAGGAAUCCGUGGGGCGAAGUAGAGUGGACGGGCGCCUGGAGUGACAAUGCCCCGGAGUGGAAUGACGUGGAUCCCAGGCAGAAGGAAGAGCUGGACAAGAAGGCCGAGGAUGGAGAGUUCUGGAUGUCCUUUGCGGAGUUCCUGAGGCAGUUCUCCCGCCUGGAGAUCUGCAGAUGGUCCCCCGACUCCCUGAGCAGCGAGGAGGCGCACAAGUGGGACCUGGUGCUGUCCAAUGGCCUCUGGGCCCGGGGCUCCACCGCCAAAGGCUGCCAGAACCCCCCAGCCCUGUGUGUUUGGUCACCAGUCUCCCAGCCGCUCAGCCAGCCGCCAUCGCGUCCCACACAGGGAUUUGACCAGCCUCCCGCCGCCCAGUCCCCGGACCCCAGCUUCAAAAGCAAAUUGCUGAGAAGCAACCUGUUUCCAGCCCUUUCGAGUCCCCUGGGCCAGCCAGUGUCUCUCCAGAGGUCCCAGGCCUGAGAAGUGGACCCGCAUCUGCCAGCGGAAAGGACUAGGCAGGCAGGAGGUCAGGGUCAGGGGCUUAAACAUUUCCAUCCUCUUCCUGAGGGAUAUGGCUUCUCCCACCUCCACCUCUUGAAUGACUUACUUUCCAC